AUGCGGACUCUCGUCGAGUGUCGCGCACGGAUCGCGCAUCAUCGCGCGUGUCCGCGUGCGUCCAAGUCCACGCGCCGCGCCGUUCGUGCCGCCUCAGCCGCCCGACGUGCCCCGGCCCCGGCGGUCGAUGAUGAUAACGUCUGCGAUGUGGCCAUCGUGGGGGCGGGCCCGGGCGGUCUCGCCGCCGCUCUCGCGCUUCAGCGCCAGGGACUGGACGUCCGCGUGUUCGAGCAACGGGAGGAGUUCCGGCCCGCGGGUGUCGCCAUCUUCAUCUGGCCGCACGGCCUCAACGCGCUCAAGUCGUUCGACCCGGAGACCACCGAGCGCGUCGUCGACGCCGGUGCCGUCAUCGAUACCAUCGCCAUCGAGCAGCUCCAGCCGGGCGGCACGGAAGCCGAGGAACUGGUCAGGAUCGACGUCGCCGGGUGGUCGCGUCGCAUGGACCUCCCGCCGCAGAUCGGCAUCACCUGGGCGAGGCUCACCAACGCCCUCAGAGCCGGGCUGCGACCCGACACGGUCCGCCUGGCACAUCGCCUGGCGUGCAUCUACGACGACGACGACGGAGUAGCGCUAGGACCGUCGAGCGGCGGCGUGACGCUGACGUUCGAGCCCCCGCGGAACGGCGGGGACGCGCCGCCGCCGGUGCGCGCGAGGAUGUGCGUCGUGGGAGCCGACGGGAGGAACUCCAGGGUGCGCGAGCUGACCUUCGGGGAGGAGGACGCCUCCUCCUCCGCCGCCGCCUCGUCGCCCGCCUCCUCAGCCGCAGCGCCCGAGGCAAACGUGUACUACGCCCUGUCGCCCAACCCGCCCCCCGGCGCGAACGGCGCCGGGUCGUUCAACGAGCUUCGAUUCUCCCUGUGCGACGGCAGCGGCAUCUCGCUCCUGGACGUCGGACGCGGUAACCUGGACAUCGACGGCGGUGACUCACCGGGCGGCGACUCACCGGGCGGCGGCCAGCUCAUGUUCGGCACGACGAGGUUUUCCGAACCCGCGCGGACGUUCGACACCCCCGAACGACGACUUGCACACCUCGAAUCGCUCUUCGAGAACACGACGCCGCUGCUCAAGGCGGCGAUCGCGUCGACGAGCCCGGCCGCGGUUGUCCAGACGAGACUGUACGAACGCGACGGGGCUUCGCGGUGGUCGAAAGGGCGGGUGACGUUACUCGGCGACGCCGCUCACUGCAUGUACCCGAGCCUGGGUUUGGGCAUCAGCACGGCGUUCCAGGACGCGGUGGAGCUGGCGAACUGCCUGUCGUCUGACGGGAGUUUAGGGUUAGGGAACCCUAAUUCCGAUGUGCGCGAGGCGCUGGCGACGUACGAGCGAAGGAGGAUCCCGCCGUGUUGGGCGCUGCAGACGGGUUCGAGGUUGAUGCACCGGGUGCUCGCGGCGACGAGCGAGCGAGCGCCAGCGGGCGGCGAGCGCGGCACGGGCGGCGGCGAGCGCGGCGGUUCGGGGAGGAGGAGCGAGCCGUGA